GAGCUUGAGUAUAAAACAGCAAGCAUGUGUUCGAGACUCUCAGUGUCAAUGCUCCUCUGAGUCCAGAAUGAAGCUUUAUUUUCAGUCCGUUUGUCAGCUUACUUUCCUUGGCCUCUGCUGUGUUCUGUUCACAGUGAGAGAGUCAGGCAGCACAUUUGUUCCAGGGAGAUGUGUGUGUCCACACUCUAAACCAGGUGUCCGAGGGCAACUGAAAGACCUCACAGUCUAUCCAAAAAGCCCCAGCUGUAACAAAUUCACAGUCAUAGUGACACUGAAGAGCAACAGUGAGCAAGUAUGUAUAAAUCCAGAGGGGCCGAUGGGUAAACAGCUGAUUCGCUGCUGGAAAAGAGCCCAGAAGUUGGGUCGUAAUGUCAAAGUGUGCCUCAGGAGGAACAGGAGGAGGGGUAAAGGUGGUCGGCAUCAUCGGUCUCAACAGAGGACCAGGGGUCACAACAGAAGAACCUCAUCCUCUAGCUCACAGUAGAACACCAGCUCAAUGGGAAUCAUACGUUACUGCAAGGAGAGCAGUGUGUUCAUGCUUUUCUUACACAUACUGUGGACUCUGAGGAGCAGACUGACUUGCUCAGAACAGCAUGCAAACGCUUUAAAAGUCAAAAAA